UUCCCUUUUAAGGUUGGCUUCCCCGCUUCUUGUUCCCCUCACCCUUUCUCCCUCCACCCUACCCCUGCCUCCUCUAUCUCUGCGAGCAAGACAAUCCCCAACAGCGACAGUGAGCGACACAGCACCAGCACCAUGUCCAAGGAAAAGCAAGACCAGGGCGGCAACAUGCUCACGAUCCUCCUCUCGCAGGCCGACGACCUCGACUUCACCGGCGGGGACAGCAACAGCGACGACAAGGCCAGCUCGCUCGUGGUGCCCGGCUUCGAGAUCAGCAAGCUGUUUGCCAUUAUCGAAUUUGCCUUUUCCCAGGGCGGCGUCGAGGGGGGUAUCCUCGAGGGCAUGGACAUGAUGAGCCGCGACGAGGCAAAGAAAGCCAUCAAUGGCGUCUUUCUCUAUCGCGUCACGAGCGCAGAGGGUAAAAAGCAGAGUUUCCUCGUCGAGAUGCGCAAAGAGGGCCGCUUCUACCUCGGUGAGACCGUCGGCGGCAAAAAAAUCAAGCCAGACGUCACCGUCGAGGUCAGCGACAAGGACAUGGUCAGCCUCGCCACGGGCAAGGCCAGCCCGCAGAUGAUGUUCAUGAAGGGCCGCAUCAAGGCCAGGGGAAACCUCAUGCUCGGCCUCAGGUCACAAUCAACGUUGCAGAAGGAAGUGUCCAAGAUGAGCAAGCUAUGAGUGAGGGGUGGCCGUAGUGAAUGUAUACUACUACUGCUACAGGAAUUUGAGUACGCCUUGAUUGAUAU